AAAAAGUAUCCACUUUUUCACGGCAACAAAGAAUUUUUAUGGCGCAGAAUUUAGUAAAUUAACGCAAAUUAUAGCCAUUAAAAUGCCAUUUAUUUAGCGCAGCACAACGGCGAAAAGUGCAAUUAUAAGUAGAGAUUGUAAUUUACAAACUGCGACGCAGCCUCGAACAACAAUUUUUGUAUGCUGUAAAGAAAGCCAGGAUAAUGGAGCAGAACUCCAGCACUAUUACAACCGAGAAGGAGCUGGAAAUCAACAGUGUGGCACCAACAACUAUAGCCGCCUGCAGCAGCAGCGACAUCAAUGCCACACAUGAAUUCCAAACCAUGAAGCCGGGCGCAGGACAUAAGUUACAACUACAACAACAGCAGCAGCAGCUUGGCAAUGGACGCACUGAGCUGCCACAUAGCGAGCUGGUGAAGAUGCUGUACUAUUUGGAGGGUGAGCUGCAGGCACGCGAUGUGUGCAUCGCUGCGCUGCGCAACGAGCGGGUAAAGCAGCUGAUCACACAGCUGCGCACAAAGCGUGUGCAGCCAAACGAUCCGUAUGCUUCGCUGUUUCGGGAUAAGAUCGCAUUGAAUGGGAAUCUGAUAUCUCGCGAGUCCUCCACGCAGGCCGCUCAAGCGGAAAUGGAGGUGCGCCAGAUCAUUGAGCAGCAAAUGGAGCAGCAGUAUCAGAUGGUCAGCAAGCAGCGUGGCACACAUGUGCGCAUGGUUAAUAUAUUGACCGAGUCGCUGGAGAAUAACCAGCGCAUGUUGCAGCAGCUAGAGGAGGAGAGGCGCAAGCAUGAGAAUGAUACCGCUCAGGGUGAUGAUAUAACCUAUGGCUUGGAAAUGGAGCGUACCAAGUUGCGCCAGCAGUUAGAGGCAGAGCAGGCGCAGGUGGCAAACAUGGAGAAGGAUCUCAAGAAACUGCAGGAGACGCUCGAGUACGAGCGCAACAGGCAAAAGCAAAUUGUUUUGUUACUUAUCGCGGAACGAAAGAAGAUCCUAAUGAAAUACAUUGAGGAGGGCAAACGUUCAGAGGAUCUGGCUCAAAUUCUUGCCGAAGAGAAGCAGCGCUCCGAUACCAUUGCCGAGGGCCUUGAGGAGGAGAGCAAAAAAUCGCUGCGUAUGGAGGAGGAGCUGGAAAAGCAAACACAAUCAAUGGAACUGGAGCGCAAAACGCUGUUAUCCAAAUUGGCCAAGGAAGAGCUGCGUGUAAAGGAGCUGGAGCAGGAGCUUAACACGUUGCGUAGCGAGCACGAGGCAUUAAAGAAGCAAAAUCAACAGCAGCAACAACUGUCUGCCAGUGGCUCAACGGUGGCUGCUGCCAGCAAGUCGCGUCAGUUUAGCGACGACGCAUGUGCCACGCCUAUGGUAAACAUUGCGAAAAUAGUCCAACCAACCGCGACGGUGACCAGCAUGCCGGUUUCGGGCCCACAAACGGGCAUAGCACGCUCCAUUGUGCCAGGCCAAAAUAUACGCAGCGCCGCUGUUGGCAUUGCCACGGUGCCAACGGGGACCGCCACCGCACCCACGGCCCCAUCUACCCUGGCUGCCGUGAAUCACAACAGCAGCACAGUCGCUACAACGGACGUUGGAGCCGCUGCUUCCAGUGCAGUUGUGGUAACUGCUCCACCAUCACCUUCGCCGGCUAAAAUGCAGCCAACGGCGACCAUACAACGUGCUCCGGGCGGCAAGUACGCAGCACUGGCUGCUGCUGCAGCGCUGGAUCAGACCGCAAUACCACCGCAUCCACAUCCUGUGCCCAUUGCAGUGCCACCUGUUACCGUGCCGCCGGCAGGGGCACGCGGCGCACCACCACCCAUACCAACUAAGCCAAUUGUACCGCCCAAGCGCGAGCCUUCGCUGUCGCGCUUGGGCUCCAUAACGAGCGGCAAUGCUGCUGCCACAGCCAUUGCCGCAGCUGCGGCAGCAGCAACGGCUGCUGUGGCGGCUACCGCAACCACAACAACUGCCUCUUCGACGAGCGCAGCAGCAGUGGUAUCGGCGACUACGGCGAAACAUAAUUAGACACCUUCCUAGACAUCUUUCGACAUACAUAUAUACGCGCAUUAUACCAUAUAGCAUAUAGAAAAAGCGAAAAUACUCAAAACCGAAUAUAGCUCCACACAACAAUUGGCCGUAAUACUACUUAAGAGGGUACACUCCUUCUGGAGUGUAAGUAAAAAGUAUAAGAUUCUUUGACCACGCCAAACUCAGACAGUCAAAUACGUUUUUCCCCAAUUUACUCAUAUACAUAUUUGUAUGAAAAAGUUAAGGAUUUUAUCUUUGAAAGUAGGUCCUGUGCUUUGAUUAAUUCUGUUAUUAUUUUCCGUUUUACUAUUAGCUUUGCAAAGCCAUGCAAAGAAUGUAAGCAUAAGAAAAUAACAAAGUGCUUUAGUUUUUCUUUUAAAUUGUUUUCAAGAGUCACUUAAAAGUGUUUUCAUUGUUUCCUCCUUUCCAUCGCUGGAUUUGUGUAUGUAAUUCCGUGUGUAGUCGUUAGUAAAGAACAUUUGUACAAGGCCGUACGAUUCUCAUUAUCAUUAAAAAAGAAAAUAAAUGAACAUAUAGUAAUUAUAUACCCUUAUAUAGUAUACGGACUACUCCAUUGUGCUCUGUGCGUUGUUUGUUAGUUCUUAGGUGCAUAAUCCCAAAUACUGUGCAGCUAUAAACACAACUUUAUGUAAUUACCUAUAGAACGUUUUAGGUUUUUAAUUUCGUUUUAAGUUCGGCUUAAGCAUUUUAAUUUGCCUUAUGAAAAUAAAAGAACCUAAUCUUAUAGAUUAGAACGUUAAAUUCUAAUCAGGAAUACAA